CAGAUCUUAAUCUAGCAGAAGGACAGUUCUCCCGCAUUAUGUGCGCAACGUUGUGUGUACAUCAAAAGUUUUGUCAAACCAUCUUCUACAAACCCUUGGAGAUGACAUGUUCUCUUUACAAUUACCCAUUGACGGAAUUCACAGAAACCUUUCCUGAAUCGGGGAUUGAAGUUUAUAAAAUGGAAGGAUGUUCUCGACCUGGAUUUGAUGUCAUUAGAGAGAUAGACAUGUGUGUUCAGAUUUACCAUACAACAAAUGUCUCUUAUACGUACGUCAUGGAGGUGUGCAGACAAGAGGGUGCAGAACUGAUAUCACUGGAAACUGGCCUUAAGAUGAAUACCCUUUCCUCCUACUUGCUUCUUCAAUUCGGAAAAGCAGUGGCUGUCUCUGUUGGACUCGACAAUUCUUCGGGCUGGAAAUGGGUCAAUGGUCAGCCACUGGCUAUUGGUCAUCUGAAUGUUACUAACAGGAUCAACAAUCAUGAUGGGUACAAAGAUCCUUGUGACAGCAACUAUUGUGGAAUUUUUUCUGUUGGUAUUUCUAAAGAUUUAAAGAUAUAUGAUAACUGUUGCAAUAACAUUCAGCCCUACUUUGUGUGUUCCAUACCUUUUAAGCACUGAGAAUAUUAUUGCUGUUGUAUUGCUUUGAAUCAUCGUCGAUAUCUUCUGUAGGACUUGCAGGACCUGCAUUCAAGUUCUAUAUUUAUCUUUAUAGAAAAUGCAGCAUUGUGUGUAAUGUUUUAAAACGAUUUAAAGGGGCAUGGUCACGAUUUUGAUAAAAAAAAUUUUUUAUCUGAUUUUAAUGUUUGAAAAUGCCUUAUUUAGGCAUUUUUAUUGGGGAACCAUAAUUUGAGUGUUAUUUGUUGAGUUAUA